CGAAUGAGAGGAUGAUUGAGGCUGUGAAAGAGUUCCUGGAGAAAAUGUGGUGUGCUAGAUGUAGGAACUAGUGGUGUGAUAGAUGUUGUAUGACUGUAUGCCGUUUACUAUUUUUUUUUUUUUUUUUUACAGAAGUGCCGUUGCAGAGGCUUCGCUUGGGAGGAAUACUGAGCCUCUUGUAAGAUCAAGAUCAAAACCAACAAUAACACACUGCUCAUCUGCAAACAGUAGUCAUUCGCCUGUGUCCUCUUGAAAAAGACCUGCAAGCUGCCACACCUGUUACAACCUCGCAGGACUUCAGUAGGUCCUAUAAGAAAAAUUAGUUAAUCGCGGCCUCGAUAUCAACACAAGUGCCUGGCGUUGGGGUGCGUGGCUGCCGCUGCCCACCCAGUAUGUACAUAUAUCCUGACAACGAUGAAGUGGAGAAGAAUGGGAAAUACCAACCUGCCCUGACACGUUAUAGUUAGUGAGCAACAGUUGAUCCACAUCACAAGAGUGAGGAGCUGCAGGUGCUUCCACAAUGGCACUCAAUUUCAACUAUGUGGCAGACCUGGAAGACGAGGUGGCUCUGGAGGGCCUCGAUGGAAUCACAGUGGAAGCACUGUGGGUGAGGCUGAAGCACAGGCCAAAUUUUGAGGCCAACAUGCACAUUGAUGACAAGAGCAAGGAAUUCCUGUGGUCCCUGCUGCGUAGAAAUGCUGAAAUAUCCAUGUACAAGAUUCCCGCGCCCAGGGAGAAACUCGUCAUCUUCAACAGGUACGAGCACAUGGACCAUGAGUUGGGCAUUGUUCUGGAGCCUGAGAAUGUACCAACAGAGAUCUAUCCAUUCCACCCCAUUGAUGACGCUGAGAAGGGUGUCCGAGGCUCCUGUGCCACCUACCAUGAGCGCACAAACGUCACAGAGCAAGCCUCCGCCAUGAGUCUGCAGGAAGUGGAGAAGACGUAUGGACGACAGCUGGUGUUGGUGGCCAGUCAGCUGCUGAGGAACAAGGCACUCUGCAUCACUGCCUGCAUUGAUAAAUUCUAUGACCUCACCAUCAACCAGUACAUCAUUCUGGAGCGGAUUGGGCGCUCGAGACGCAUGGGCGAGAUCACACAGGGCAAGGUGAGUCUGGCGUCCAUGGGUGAGAAUCCCAAGACAAUGUUCUACCACCGCAAGCGUCUCCUGAAACUGAACCUUAUCACCAAGCAGCCUCACCAGCAGAAGGGUGCCAAGGGACAGACUCACAAUGGGUCCCUCCUCCACCUCACAAGGUUCUAUGUGGAGCGGUGUUCCAAGUUUAUCAUGAUGAUCCAGAGGGCAGUGGAGUUGCUGAAGAGCAGACCUGACUUCAGUGCCCCCUACACCAUGGUCAAGGAGUUGAUGGGCAUGCCAGAGACCUCCUGCCGCAAGCUUUUCAAGAGUCAGGAGUUUCAAAGGUUCAUCAGGAACGUGAACAAGCCGUACCGCAAGGUAUACCCCGAUGCCCCGGCCAGCCAGUGGAAGUGCAAAGGCAACAACAUGGAGAAGAUCGUGCGCAUCAUGGAGCUGAUCAACCCACAGAUUGAUCCGGUGGAGGUGUGCAAGGGAGAGGAGGCAGUGGAGGAGGAGGAGGAGGAAGAGGAUGAUGUCUACCCAGGAAUUCUUGACCAGAGCCAGAUAAGGUGGCGUGAGGACCUCCUGCACCAGGCUUACAGGAUAGUGGAGGAUGCCGGGCCCGAGGGGGUGACUCAGUCUGACAUGGCACAGAAGCUCGGGCAGACCAAGCUGGAUUCGAGGACCAUCUGUCGGAACCUCCAGCGCUGCAACACUGUCCACUCCCUCAUGAAAGACGUCGGGAGGCAAAGGGUGUCCCGCUAUGUGUCCCACAAGUUCAUGCAGACAGGACACCUCACACAGGAGUUUAGGAAGGAAAGGCAGAAGAUGAUCGCAAUGAUAGAACAUGACAAGCCUCAGGAUGUUGAUCUUCCCUCAACGUCACAGAAGAGCGAUGUCUCCAAAACAGUGGAAUCGAGUCUUUUGGAGGGAGUGGAGGUGAAUCUGGAGGUGGUUCCUACCAAGAAAGCCAACAAGGAGAACCAGGAUGCUUCUUCCUCCCACCCGUCCUCCUCCUCCUCCAACAUGUCUUCCUCUGCUUCCUCCAGCCAGACCAAGCAAGGGGACAAAAAAUCAGCUUCAGGAAAGGAGUCAUACAGUGAAGGCUUCCUGAGCCUGCUGAAGGAGAUCAAGAUAACGUACAACAACCAGAAGCGCAGCUCACCACACGUCACCACCCGCAUGAUGAAGCGCGCCAACAUGAUCAUCGAGGCGGUGCGGUCGGCCCGGGUGAUUGAUGAUGCCUUCCGCCUACAGAAGAUGAUUGUCCAGGCAGAGACAAAGGAAGGUUAUGCCGUCAAGAUGGAUAAAAAAAGCCUUGACCGUCUCCUGGACAAGCUGGCAAAGGGUGGCUUCCUCAAGAACAUCAUUGUGAAGUUCAAGAGUAAGACGGCCAAUGUAACAAAGCAGAUGCGCUUUGUGGUUCACCCCAGCAUUACAUUUGACAACCCACACCUGGUGUCAACCAUCGAGCAGCAGAAGCUGAAGUUCCUGGUGGCUGUCAAUGAACCAAAGAAGGAGACAGAAGGAAGUGCCUCGGAUAAGAGAUCUGUAGCCAGUCGCAGGAUUAAGAGCGAAGAGAAGAAUGAUGGAGUCUUGGCUCCUGAGCUGGAGGGCAAGGGAGCAGAGGAGGGAGGAGGAGGAGCCAUGAACAAGCAGACUGUGAGGGAAAGCAUGCAGCAGCUGAAGCUCAUGCACCACACAGGCAGCAGCCAGGGGGAAGAGUCAGAGUCAUCCACCUUCCUUGCCAGUUUCAGAAAGCUGGUCAAUGUGAAGGGCAGCCUGGGACCAAAGUUUGUGCGCAUGUGUGAGCUGCACAAGUUGCUCUUCUACUUGGUGUAUGGCUAUGAGGGGCGGGAAGACUUGUGUCAGGAGGAUGCCUGGGUCACCAUAGCUGCUGCCUCUCCAGAAGUCAACCUGGAGAAUGAGGACAUGUCUGAGUACCCCAACAUUUACUGCGCUGAGCUUUCCUGGAAGAUGUUCAUUCCACCUCUACAAAAACACAUGAACACUGACACUGGCUGGGCUUUUGUGUGUGACAUUCUGCUGCGCCUUCCUCUGUGUAUCUUCGUCCACCUGGUGAGCAUUACCUCCACCUCUGAAGAACUGGAGAGCUUCCUCAAUCACCCCCUCAAGAAGAACCUGCUGGUGAGGUACCUGCCGCCCCACCUCCGUCAGUCCCUCCUUCAGGGCCGCCGCUAUGUUACUUACGUCAUCGAUCUCAUCAACCGUCUCUGUUAUAUGGGAUUGCUUCAGUACGGCCAGCAGAUCAUGAAGGAGAAGGAUCAGGUGUUCAUCUACAUCAACCGUCACGCCAGCCUCAUUGACUCCACUACUUCCUCCCCCGGCUACCACCAGAUCUCCACGGACAAGGAGUAUGUGCGCAAGGAGUACCACUUCACCUACCUUCAGGAUAUCCUUCAGUACUGGUACGACUUAUGGACCAUUGCAAUGCACACCCCACUGGGCGGCCACAACUGUAUGCAGGGCAAGAAGAUUACCAUUCAGAUCCUGGACCGCAAACCCCAGAUCCUGGAGACCCUCACCCCCCGCAGCACCUGGGAGGCACCCUUUAGGGACAACGGGACCAUACCAGGGGAUGGGCGGGGAGCAGGAGGACUGGACUCAGCCAUGUUUGCACACCUCAAGCGUAACUGGUCGUCAUCCUCUGGCCAGUCAGCAACCACACGCCCCUCAGCCAUCCUCCCGCCACCCAGUCUUGCAGGGGAGAGGGCAUCCUAUGAGGGAGCUGCCUCCUACUCACAGUACCUCAUGAACACCACCAACCCCUCCCUGGACACUCUCUCCCCCAAACACAGACUGGCAGGGCUGCGCAAUGUGAAGCUUUCUGUGUACAGGCCAAGGUUGGGGCCUGAUGGUAAAGGGGUGGAGGUGCCUGUGGCAUCAGUCCCCAGGCAGUCCCGAGGCAGAAAGCGGCGCCAGGAUGCUUCCAAGUCUUCAGUCGCUGAAACAGAGCCUGUGAGUUCAGCCAGGAGUCAAGGCACAGGCAAGAGCAACCGAGCAAGUUACCAGAGAGAACUGAAGCAGCGCAAGAAGUCCCCCAAGAAGCCUUACUAUGAUGAGGAGGACCGUGCCGCCCUCAGGAGAAUGAACAAACUGCGGGUGGACUGGUCAUCUGCAGAGGACUCAUUCCUGCUGCUGUGCAAGGUGGCAUCCUGCUUCCUCUUCCCCAACGUGAGGAGCCAGAUGAUCACCUUUAGCCUGGUGCGGGAUCUGAUGCACGAGAGGUUCCCUGAGGCCCGCAACAAGACCUCCCGGGCCUGCCAGCGCCGCAUCAACUACAUCAUGAAGAACGCCACCACUGAGGACAACGUUUCCAUAUUCCUAGAGGAAGUGCGGCAGGAUGCUAGUAUUGUGUCUGAGUUUCAGAGCCCAAAGCUGCCCAGGAACAAGGACAACCUGGAGAACGUGUAUGCCAAGAUAUUCCGCCAGCUGAUGGACCGCUUGGUGGCCAAGUUUGCCUCAAGUGACUCCAGGCAAUGUCCCGACCUGCCCAACACCCUGGAUGAGUUUGAGGACCGCUACCAGGUCAUUGUGGCGUCCUCCUUCCUCAAAAGCAAGCUCCACAUCAAGGAGGUCACGUCUGUGUCGGACAUUGACUUCCAUGUGGUCAAUGCACUUAUCUAUAGUUCAUUGUGCUCAAAGUUUGACCGGGACUCCUAUGCGUACCAGCUUUACUUGGCGUACCAGCAGUACCCUCAGACGCUGCUCAAUGCAGUGCUCACCAGGAUGCGGCAGGACCAGAUGAUCAGCUACAAGAAGUGCUACAACCGCUCCAUGCUGGCCCAGACCUGCCUGCCCCUCUCCACUUCCCCCUUUCAGCUCUCUGUCACUUACCAAUAUGUUUUCAAUUUUAAGUACCAUUAUGAGAUCUUCAGUCAGGCAUGGCAGAUGUUGAAGCUGCUCCUGGAAGAGAAGCACCAGUCCAUCCUGAAGGGUAGUACCAAGGACUCGACACCAGCACCCUCCCACUCUGGCACUGAUGGCACUGCAGAGGAUGACAGUGACACCACCCACCAGCAGGGAGUACCAAUAGUAAUCCAUCACGAGGGGGGCUACUGUGCUGCCAUCGUCGCCCUCAUGGCCACUAGACGCCUCUUGUUCAACAUUGUGAUGCCUGAGCAAAUCAUCAUAAUGGAUCAGAAGCACUCUGUCCUGCAGGAUCACCACCAGUCCCUCCUACAGCGGUACUCAGAUCACACACAGAUGUCAGGCAGGGACACCCGGGACCUGGACGCACAGUUCUCUGAGCCACGCAAGAAGCAGCUGCCAUCCCUCAGGUCAAGACUAAAAGCAGACGUUUCGGCGAAGUCUGCAGAGAAAGGGAGUGUUUCUGAAGGUGAUGGUUCUAAUUUGUCAGGCUCCUUAACUCAGGAUUCACAGGAAGAAAGGACAAAAAGUAAAAAGUCAUUAAAGAGGAAAGGUGUGGAAAAAGAGCCCCAGAGAGCUAAGAGGCUUUGUAAGACCUCUACUAGUCCAAAUGAAGAGGAAGAUAACAAAAUGGAAGAAGACACAUUCAUGGCACACAUUCAGGAUGAUGCAAGACAAACCAGCACACCUGCACCCUCAGUGAAGAGAAAACUGAGGAGAAGAAAAGCUGAGGAGUCAGCAGAGGGAAGUCUGACAGAAAACAGUCCCAGUCAAGAGGAAGGACAAGGUUCAACGUCAUUAAAGGUGAAGCGAGUCACCUUCCAGGAGGGAAAGGUGGAAGAGAAUGCAGAAGCCCAGGAUGCUGAGGACAGCUAUGUGCAGGGUGAUGCUUCCUCUGCAGAGGAUGACCCAGAUGGAACAGAGUCACAGGGCCGCAACAUUCCCUCUGCCUCCCGCCUGGGCCUGUACAUGAUGAGGGACCAGCUCACACUGGCGGAUGUGGACCAGAUCAACAUUCAGCAUGCCCAAGAACACCUGGUAGUUAAUGCCUGUGAUGUCAACUGCCGCCUCCGCCCUCCGCCUGACCUGGAGGAAGCCUACACCAACGCCCUGGAGAUGGGGGUGGAGGCUGCCGAUGACGUUUUGAUGCCGCUGGCCAAGGGCAUUGUGGUGGAUUCACUGGAGCACCGGAAGAAAGUAACACUGCAGGACUGGAACCAGCUGGAUGAUGUGCUGACUAAGUGGGAAGAGCAGGGGGAGAGUGGUGACCUGCUGGUGAUGGUGAAGGAUGUGUACAACUAUGUUGACCACCACAGAGAGAUUGGUGCCUCCGUGAAGGAUCUAAAGGACAAGUACAGGGAGUAUCCAUACUGCAUUACGGCCAUCAUGUCACUGAUGGAGGAGGCACUGCUGGUGAUGCGUGUGGGGGCUGCCGUGGUGCGCUGGGUCACCAUGCGGCACACCAAGCCAUGGCUCAUACAGACCAACAAAAUCACAAGGAUCAACAGACAGAAUGUGCAGGUGCAUGGUGUGUACAUGAUGAACUUGGAGGAGGAUGAAAAAGAUGCAGCAACCAGCACCUCCUCCCCCACAGACCCACAGCUGCAGGAGGGUGAGGAAGACAACAAACAUUCAGAGCAGGAGCAGGAUGAAGUGAGCCAAGAAUCAAGUUUCCAGGAGCCAGAAUGUCCCCUCAGUGGCUCAUUACAGGAUCCUUCAGCAGGGGAAGAAGGGUUGCCCACCACAGCAUCCCCUCAGCAAGAUGCUGAGCUGGAGAACCUUGAGGAGUCAUCAACAUGCCAGAACACUAAGCUAGAAAUCCCUGCCCCUGACCUCACCACCGAGGCAGCCACCACCAGCUCCACACAGGUGGUGGGGGAGGAGGCACCUGUCCCCUCCACAUCAGGAGUAAGCAUGGAUGAGUCGACAGCCACCAGACGCUCCCAGAGGAUUUCCUCUAUGGCUGCAGCUGAAGAGGAUGACAAGGAUGGUCCAUCAGGGAAGCGCCACAUUCAUUCCUUCCUGGUGAUGCGCAAGAGGAGGUACAAGCGUGACGAGGAAGUGUCCACAGGCAUGGAGAAGACCAUCAAGCACCACCACCACAAAUCCGACCACGAGAGGAUUGAUGUGGCAGUGCGUCCCUGGGUGAGGCUCAACGGAACACUGAACAGGCGCGUGGUGGACCGCCUGCUGGGCGCUGUGUUGUGUCUGGUGAUGGAGCGGCCAGGGGUCAGUGGAAGGGACAUUGUCUGCCGCUUCUCCCCAGCCCUGCAGCCUGCCCACACCCAUGACCUGCUGGAGACCUUGGUGCAGCUGCAGUGCAUCAUCAGGGUACAGCUGGUCUGCUCCCACAAGCCAUCACUCUUCUCUGACAUUGUGGAUUACUCCCUUGUGCUGGCAGAGGUGCACGACUGUGAUGACGACGUGCUGUACGAGCCAGCUGUGGACGCCAUACUCAAGCUGUCCAUGUUCAUUGGUGACAAGAAAUACUCACAAGACUUUCUUUCUGGGGAGAGAAGGUGAAACUAGCAGAGGUGGUCAAGGUGACUGGCAUGCCUUGGCAAACACCUGGCCACUGUUUGUGUUUUAUAUAUGUACAGAUUUUGUUAUUUUUAUGUUGUGAUUGGUUGUGACUGAGUGAUUCAUUUAAAUGUAUGGAGACAUGCUUAAAUGCUUAAUUAGUUCAUAAUGGUGUCAUGUCACAGAGUGUGGUCUGGUGUGUAAAUGAUCAGUCGGGUGUAUCUGUACACCUCCCUGCAAAGGUGGUUACCCAAGACAUGAAGGAAGAUUGCAUUAUUUUAUACAAAUGUUUUAGUCUUUUUAUUGUUAUUGGAUCUUUCCAUUUUGAGUGUUGACAAAUAAGGAAAAACUUUCAUAGCUAUCUUGACAUGACUGUAUAGUGUGUGUGUGUGUGUGUGUGUGUGUGUGUGUGUGUGUGUGUUGUAUGAUAAUAUGUUGUAUAUCUUUAUAAUUCUCUGUUAAGACAAAGAUAUAUAAAUUACUGAAGAUUUU